AUAUCUGCCCCAAGGUCUCCUAGGAAGGCGUCCCUACUCUCCCAGCUCGAUCCUGCCCAGUAAUCAACAGCAGCCGGAACACCUGGCGAGUGACAAGGAGCCUCAACUGGCUCGUUAGACUCAGCCGCAGAUUUGGACAUGGCUGGGGAGCCCAGGCCCGGCCCUGGCCAGCCAGGACAGAAGAGACACCAAGACACAGCCGGCUUCCGCAGCAGCAGCAACUAUGGCUUGAACUACGAGCUGCGCCGAGAAGACGCCCCCUGCAGAGUGUAUGGAUGCCAGGGGAUCCCCCCACUCAUCAACCAAGUGCCUGGCAAUCUCCGAAGGACUUUCAUGGGUCUGGGGGUCAAGAGCAGCUGCAGCCCCUACAAGUCCUCUAGGAGCAGAUACCUGCCCCCCGAGCAGGUCAAGCUGCGGACCGAGGAGCUACACUCCAUCCAGGGGGAGCUCAGCCAGAUCAAAGCCCAGGUGGACAGGCUGUUGGAGAGUCUGGAGCACAUGGACCACAACAGGGCCCAGGCUGCAGGGACAAAGGACACUGAGGAGAACAGGGUCCCUGGUAACAAGUGCUGCUCACGCCCAGCUACUGAGGCCCAACAGGAGUCCAGGAGCCAGAGGACCCCUCUGGAGGGAAGGACAGCCACAGAGCAGGUGGUGCAGAACCAAGCAUCUGACCAGGAGGGAAGCCAGUAGCCACUGGUGGGAACCCUUCCUGGUUGGCCCCCUGCCUCCCAGCAGUACCCAAGCAACCUGAGCACCCAGGACAAUGGAAGAGGAGGCAUGGGUCAGCCCUCUCAGUUGGAAAGCCUCUCUGUAGUGUUGGGUUUAUCUUUGAUGGCUGUUUCCAGAAUCCUAGGGCUGGCAGGAUAGGGAGGCUCCCCAUCCUCACAAAGCCGAGGCACGGGAGAGCACCACCAGCCGUUCCGAAUGCAGUCACUGCCUUGGCGGAUCCCCUCCUUGCCCCACGUCUCCAAUCACAGCAGCCGGCCCAGCUUUCUUCAACCGGUGUUGAAAUGCUUGUGAUCCUCCAUUCAAACACUGAGCUGUAGACCUUAAAGGUCCACAGUGCAGCACCCCCCAGCCCUUUGCUUCCAGACUCCACCCUACACAGCCAUCCUUCAAAAGAGUGGUAGCAUUCUUUGUCAUGUUCUGACCUUGUCUUUCAUUAGUAUACUGUGUAUCCCAGACCUGCUCUGGAAAAAAUUAA